AUGGAUCCAAGCAGCGCUGAGAGACAGGAGAAACACAUCUCUGUCACAGUAAAGGUCAGAGGUUAGUGGCUUGGAUGACCAGACCAUCUGUGGUUGUGUUAAAUUUCACCCCCUAGUCUAAAAAACAUGUUAUAGGAUGCCUCCCAAAUGGCAUCUGAUUCCUUAUAUACUGUAAAGUGCACUAAUUUUGACCUGGGCCAAAUGGAAAAGUAGAAAAACAAACUAGUGCACUAAAUAUGGAAUAGGUUGUCAUAGUGCACGGUUCUCGGCUAAUCACGAACGUAGCCACUGCAUGUUUACUUGGCUAAAGGAUCGAGUAGAGGUUAGCAGCCUGGCGCUUUCAGACAGUAGAAGACGGGCUUCUGAAGCUGCUACUGCUUGUGAAAUAAUGAUAACAGUAGCAGGCAACACAUAUGGAUUACUGUACUGGGCUGGCAUGGUGCCUUCUAUAUCGCCUGGAGUCCUUUAGACUUCCUCUCCUUCUCCCAAUCUCCCCACUCAAAUCACCUGUAAUUACUUCACAACCAACCACUCUACUCCUCUCUGACUUAUAAAUGCUUUUCAGAGGGGGUAUUCAUUCCAUAAGAGGGAGAAGGAAAUAGAUUCGUAAUUGUUUUCUUUCGGUGAUGGGGGUUUAUUUUCUUAUCCCUAAUCUGUGUUUGGCUUCGUGUCUGUUCAUCCACAGAUCCACUGUGAGAGCUCAGCAGCAACAGGCCAUGCUCCAUUUAGGGCCUUUAAAACAAGUCAGGGGUGUUAUUGAUGACUGAUGGAAACAUGGGGGGCAGUAGGCCGAAACGAGACCACAUGGUAGCUACAGGCCUCAGAGGUGGAGAAGGGAGGGAUAGAGGGAGGGAGGGUGGAGAGAGAGAGAGAGAGAGAGGGGGGGGGGGGGGGGGGGGGGGGGUCUUGUUGUUUACAUGAAGCAAAGCUGCAUGGAACAUGGCAGCACAUGCUAUGUGUGUUUUGGACCUGAGGGGUCUAAACAGACAAUGCUGGUCUGUGGGCCUCAUUCCCAUAUGCACAGUCCUUAGAGUCCUCAGCUUCCACUGAACAGUGAUCAAAACCCAGACAAGACUAAUUCAAUCAGCAGUUUAUCAACUAUCUAUUAACUGUUUCCUUGUUCAAAGUUCCUUGUUAACACAGCUGGUUAGAAGCAGAUUUAAAAUCUAUUCUGUUUUGUUGGAAGAUGGUUGUUAAUGGUUAAUGCAGCACAACGAAGAAUAAGUGAAUGGAUGGGGACAGAAAAUCUAAAUGUCUGCUUGUUUAACAUGGCUAUCUGGUGAGGCCAGAGCUCUGGGGAACUGACUGACGCCACCUGACAAAAUGAAAUACCAAUACCCUCAGUCUCGCUCCACUUCCAUACCCUAAACAAACGCACAGCAGCCAUUGGAAAAAUAAUGAUAGCUGUCUAAAGGUUUAUUCCAGAGGUAGACAAGAGGUUGCUGUCCAACACUCAAUCUGCUAUCUAUCUACAGAUCUGGCGUCUUAAGAGCAUAUCUAUCAGUAAAUCUGGUGCUAAUGUCAACAGUUUUCUAAGUGGUGGUUAUACCUGACAAGAACAGCAAAUAAAAGGACGUUUUCAUAUUGUGCCAUACAUACAAUCUCCUUUUAGAGUUACUUACAAUAGACAGCCCGUCUUCUGCAGUGGUUGUUUAUUUAUCAUUUGCAUGUCAAUGACAUACAUUUGGCAUGAACGGGAUCCAUUAUGAAGCAUAUUUCAAUGAAAUUAGUUGAACGGGGCCACCCGUUUUGUGCCAUCCGUAAUUUAAUUCUGUAGACUGUGAUGUCAUACUUCUCUCACCUCUUUUUCUUUCUUUGUUGUGUGUGGUGUGGUGAGGAGGAGGUAGGUUACUGGUGUUGACAUGAGUUUGUAAAGAUUCCAUACACAUGUUUAUCUCUACUAGAUCUAACAGGUAGCUGGUGUUGGCAACAGUUUGGGAAUCUCUGUGUUCUAAAAGGCCCACCUGGCUAUAGCUAACAUUCUCUCUAUACAAGAGCAAUCCCAUUUUGGGUAUGGCGUGGUGUGUGACCCUGCGUUGAUAUUCUGUUAUCUACCAUCUGCACAACCUUAAUCUUCUCGUUUGAAGUGAGGCUGUUUGUGUCCUUUAAAAGCCUCAUUGCGAAGGGCUUUAAACAACGGAUUAGACGCAUGAAAGGCCAUUCCGUGGAUGGUUCAGAGUAGUGACAUCAAGGAGGACACGGCAGUAGGAGGUGAAUGGGCUGUGUUUAGUCUACAAUACUUCUGAUUUUUCUAACGCUUUCUCCCUUCUCCCCUCUAACUCUGCAUUCCAUCCUCACUCCCACCCCUAUCUUUGCCCUGUUAUCUUCUAGAUCAGAGUGAUGUUAUGUUAAUCUAAUUUAUGUUCUGUAAACCAUGGCUGCUCACUCUUGCCUACAGUACUGUACACACUUUAGUAUUAAGACAUUUGGAAGCUCUCUGUGUUUGAAAGUGUAGUCAGUUUACACGCACACAUUUCAGGCACAUUACACAGUCUGAAAAACAUUGUCAAACAUUGUUGAAAUGAGAACAAGGGUUUACUCUGUUUUCUAUUUGUCUUGCUCCUACAAAGAUAGAUAAAUAUACCCUCAUAAUGUUUCACGCACUCCAUCGGAUAAUUUAUUUUCGAAAUGAAUUCCCACAAGCUAUAGCCCAUCCCUCUUCUCUUAUGGUGAAUUACAGGGUUUUACAUCAUCUGAUUUUCUUUCGGUCUUAGGAAACUAGGAAAACCGAAAUGAUUUAUAGCAAUCAGAGUUCAGCGUAGAAUAUAGAGUUUCAGGACACAUUUUCAGAGAAUGAAUAUCACACAUCAUUAAAUCUUUGUCUAUUUCCUAUAUAGUGCACCACCUUUGACCAAGGCCGUAUGGAUAAGGGUGCCAUUUAGGACACCACCGAACUCAAUUGUUCUUAGACCUAUAUUCUGACUUCUCCUUUAUCAGACUCUUCAACAGGAGAAGCAGUAGGACCCUCCCUGGGCCUCAAGAAGUCCUAUAAAGAUUAUAUAAACUUAUGUAGGGCAUUAUGAGUCUUUAUGUCAUGCAUAGGAAUGCUUUAUGAAUGCUACAUAUCGCCACUCUAAGUCAAGUGUUACCACUUCUCCUUCCUUAGGCUCUUCGACAGGAGAAGCAGUAGGUCCCUCUCUGGGCCUCAAGAAGUCCAGCUCCCUGGAGAGCCUCCAGACUGCUGUUGCCGAGGUUACACUCAACGGGGAAAUGAACCUCCACAGGCCACGCCCACGUAUCAUCAGGGGGCGGGGCUGCAACGAGAGCUUCCGGGCAGCCAUUGACAAAUCAUACGACAGGCCAGGAGUGAUCAUUACUGCUAAGGAAGAGUGUGACCCGAAGGGAAUGGAGACAUGUGAGUAUUAAUUGUUAAGACUGUAAGACCUUGUUUUUAUAAAGCAUAACACAUUUUGUGUAUGCUGUAGUUUAUAGACCUUGGUUCUAUUAAGCAAACCUAUGUUGUUUCUGUAGUUUAUGGUCAGUGUUAAAUAAAGUAACUGGCCGAUAUUUCCAAAAUUAGACAAUUAGAAUAUAGAAGGAGGAUCUACCCAUAUAAUUAAACAAUAAGGCCCGAGGGGGGGGUGGUAUAUGGACAAUAUACCAUGGCUAAGGGCUGUUCUUACGCACGACACAUCGCGGAGUGCCUGGAUACAGCCCUUAGCCGUGGCCAUAUACCACAAACCCCAGAGGUGCCUUAUUGCUAUUAUAAAAUGGUUACCAACGUAAUUAGAGCAGUAAAAAUACAUGUUUUGUCAUACCCGUUGUAUACGGUCUGAUAUACCACGGCUGUCAGCCAAUCAGCAUUCAGGGCUCGAACCACCCAGUUUAUAAUUACAUAUAGAACAUUGAUUUAGUAGGAUCUCUAUGGAUCCACCCCUCACUCAAGUUGUGUAGGUUUUCUCUUAUACAUUACUUAGUGAGAGGCAUGCAGAAGGGAAUAAGCAUCCAAUCAGCAUCUACAUCCCUUUUCCAUUAAUAUGCACAGGGUUAGUGUAGUGUCUUCCCUGAGGGCUCACAGCCAUUUAAACUGCAUUGCCGUUUAUUCCAAGCAGACUACAAACAGAACAAGGAAAGCUCUUCCAUUGUUUGCCAACAGAACACACGAGUACUUCAUCUUUGCUUUUUGCAUCUUACUUAUGGUCCUGGAUGUUUUGUGUUCUAAACUUUUAUAUAUGUAAGUUCUUAUUUUUUUUCUAUGUUGUGUCUAGAUUCAGAGUAUAUUCUUUAUUUUGGGAUUCAAUAGAAGUUUGUCAUGAUGUUCUCUAACGGUUCAUUUUUGUACAUAAUUUUUUUCUUAGUGUCAUAACACAUUGGUGCAGGUAAAUAUGUCUUACUCACAUUGAAUAGAAACUGGGUUUUUGAAUUCUUUACAUACUCUCUGACUGUACGGCCAAAUGUAUUGACUAAAAUGGAGACCAGAAAAAAAUUAAAUUCUCAAAGUAUUACCUAGUCUCCUGCUUCCCUUUGACUGAGCACGUCAAUUGGCAGGUGUUUCAUGACACAAAGGCAUGCAUUGGAGAUAGAGGCAGGGACGUGUUACAUUCCUGAACAGGUAAUACCCUGCAACGCCACCACAGUAAUCACCAGAUAUAUUUUUCAUUAAUUCUCUAUGAAUGGAUUCCAUUAAAUCAACCCGGGGAAAUUUGAAAAAGAGGGGAAUUAUUUGCAUGGAAUUAUUUGAAUCUCUUUGUUCUCAUAAGCUCUGUCUGCAAACCACUAAAUGCUGUCUUAUCUUGCCUAAGAAAAAAAUUGGGACAAGCUCUACGAUUUCCUCCUUCCUUUCCUCUGCCGAGGAAUGUUCUCUCUUCUCCCAUGAAAUUCAAAUAACUCUGAUUUUAUAUGAUAUCAUAUCAUCACAGGGUUUAAUAGUCAAAGUUGACAGAUAAGCCCUUCGCUUUUCCUACAACCUACACUUUUAUUUACAUAAAAUGAGAACGUGUCCCCACAAGAUAUCCUGCCAAGCUACUACAUUCCCUUAUAUAUGUUAUCAGGUGUUUAAUGUUUCUAAACAGAGAUUCUGAAUUGAAAUCCCCCUAUAUUGUAUAUGUUGAAAUGAGCCUAGCAAUUUUCCAUUUCAGUCAGAACUCUCAUUCACACACGCACUGAGAUGAAUGCCCCUUUUCACUAUUGAAAUGGAGAGAUUUAAUGAUACUCUUUGAUUGUAGUGUCAAAACAUUUGCUGUGUGCGGCGGGCGGGCGUUUCUAAGAUCGUUUUAAUUGCCACUAUUCAAUUCACUUUUCUGUGGACUCCCUCCUGCAAUCUGAGCUUGGCAAGUACCUAAACUUUUAUUUUCAGAGGCUUUUUGAUUGUAACACCAUAGAUUUCUUGCUGUUUUGCCUCGACUCAUUCAUGUCAGUCUUUGUGUGGCUAAUGAAUGAAGCUUGUGAAAUUAAGUGCUCUAUCACGUUCAGACCUUUAUCACGGUUGAUUUCUCUCUUUCAACGUUUUUUGGCAACAGACUUUUAGUGGGCUGCUUGAUCAAAACAAACCAAGUAUUUGCCUAACUCACGCACGUGCACACACACACAGUGUUUUACGUUCCCCCAGGAGGGCCAGUAGGAUUACAAUCUUUAGUGUGUUAUCAGUGACAGCGUCAUUAAGAGCCUCUAAAAUUAGUGUUGUUGCUAAUCUCAGCCAUAUUAAUUGCCAAGAUGCAGCUCAGUUCUGAGAUAUGCCGCGUUUGCACUUAACGAGAUGAUAAGCACGCCACAGAAUGAGUGAUAGGAGUGAUAUCUGUCCAGACCCUGUUAGUCUUAUCAUAUCCCAAACUGGGGAAAGGCGAAAAAGAGGAGGGAAGAUUAUUUAUUUAUUUAGCAUAAUUGAAUAGGUUUAAACCACUAAAUUCAGCUUGCUCUUCUUGUCAUACACCGCCUCAUGGUGAGAUUUCAUUUCAGCAAUUUCCUUUGAGAUGAAUGCAGAAAGCAACCGCUGAUAACUUGACGGAACAAGAAGAAAACAAAUCCUUGGCGCUUUAUCCUUUGAAAUGUGAACCAAGGCUGCGUACCAAAUGGCACCCUAUGGGCCCUGGUCAAUCGUAGUGCACUACAUAGGGAAUAGGCAAUCAUUUGGGAUGCACCCCAAUACUUUUCAAUCACCACAGCACAGUCAGUCUCAUCUCAUCUAGCUAUGCUAAAAAUCCAUCAAGGACUUCCCUUUUUUAUUUUCCCGAUAAGCACCUUUCUUUCUUUCUUUUCCCGUCAAAGCCAGCCAAUCAGGCACGUUAAUAAAGCCUAAUCCCAGGGCCAUCUACCUCACGUCUCAUUGUGACAGAUAUACCACCGUAGGCAUGCAGCCCAUUGGAGGAGAACCCAGGCUAUUUGCAAUUAAGAUCCCCAUAGGCCUUCUCAGAGAUUAUUUAAAUGUAAAUUAGUGACAGAUUAAUUACAGACACGCUGCAGUGUAGUAGAAACCUUGAGUAUAAUCAACUCAGUGUCACUGAAGACGGUUCAUUUCAAUGUGGAGGUUUUCUUGGAUGAUGGAAAUUCGAGACAUUGUCAGUAUUUCUGUUUUUUGUACUAUCUAGCUAUAUCUAUAAAAUUAAUGUAUCUACAGUAUAUAACUUUAUACAUACUGAACAAAAAUAUAAACGCAACAUGUAAAGUGUUGGUCCCAUGUUUCAUGAGCUGAAAUAAAAUAUCCCAGAAAUGUUCCAUAUGCACAAAAAUAUAAUUUCUCUCAAUGUUGUGCACAAAUUUGUUUACAUCCCUGUUAGUGAGUAUUUCUCCUUUGCCAAGUUAAUCCAUCCACCUGACAGGUGUGGCAUAUCAAGAAGAUGAUUAAAUAGCAUGAUCAUUACACGGGUGCACCUUGUGCUGGGGACAAUAAAAGGCCACUCUAAAAUGUGCAAUUUUGUCACACAACACAAUGCCACAGAUGUCUCAAGUUUUGAGGGAGCAUGCAAUUCACCUGCUGACUGCAGGAAUGUCCACCAGUGCUCUUGCCAGAGAAUUUAAAGUUGUUUUAGAGAAUUUGGCAAUACGUCCAUGGGUGUCACGAUCGUCUAAGGAGGAGGACCAAUGCGCAGCGUUGAAGGUGAACAUAUUUAUUUCGAGAAUGAUCACACGAUCAAAACAACAGACGAAAACGUGAUGUCUACGGUUGAACACAAACCAAAUAAGAACAAGAAACCACAAACACAAAGGGAAAGAUAGACAGUUUAAAUAUGGCUCCCAAUCAGAGACAACCAGCUGACACUCGUUGCCUCUGAUUGGGAGUCACUCAGGCCAACAUAGAAAUACAAACUAGAACAUAAACAAAUGAACACUCACACCCUGGCUCAACAUACUAGAGUCCCCAGAGCCAGGGCGUGACAGUACCCCCCCCUAAAGGCGCGGACUCCGACCGCGCCAACCAAAUACAACAGGGGAGGGACCGGGUGGGCACCUUCUCUAACCCCCCAAAGUACCCCUGGUCCGGUCUGGCCCUGCUGACCAGAGCUGAACUGAACACAGGUGGAGCGGAUUGCUCUAGCUCCGGCGUGACGCAGCACCUGACCGGUGCCGGACCCGCCACCGGUGGAACAGGCACGGGCCGUGCCGGACUGACGACGCACACCACUGGCUUGGUGUGGGGAGCAGGAGCGGGCCGAGCCGGGCUGACGAAACGCACCACUGACUUGGUGCGGGGAGCAGGAGCGGGCCGGACCGGGCUGACGAAGCGCACCACUGACUUGGUGCGGGGAGCAGGAACGGGCCGGACUGGGCUGGCGACGCGCACCACAGACUUGGUGCGGAGAGCAGGAACGGGCCGGACAGGGCUGACGAAAAGCACCACAGACUUGGUGCGGGGAGCAGGAAUGGGCCGGACUGGGCUGGCGACGCGCACCACAGACUUGGUGCGGAGAGCAGGAACGGGCCGGACAGGGCUGACGAAACGCACCACUGACUUGGUGCGGGGAGCAGGAAUGGGCCGGGCCGAGCUGGCGAUGCGCACCGUAGACUUGGUGCGAGUGGCAGGAACAGGCCGGACCGUACUGGGAACACACACCACUGGCCUUACGUGGGGAUCAGGAACAGGCCGGACCGGACUGGCAACACACGCCAGUACCUCUCGCCGUGCCUCUACAUCCUCCAUCCCCUCUUCGACCAGUGGCCCCUGUAACCUGGCGGCCUCCUCUGGCAACCCGCUGGGCCGCUCUAUCGCGGCCUCCUGCUGGUCCGACGUCGUGAGCCCCCCCCUAAAAAAUUUCUGGGAGUCUCUCUUCCCCGUGGGCCAGGCCUCGAUAAUUCUCGCCCAACUCUCGCUCCUCUGCUUCCAAUCUCCGCCAUUCAGCUCCUCAUUCGGCUUGACCCAGUCAAAGCUCUUCCUCCACUGUUGCCAAGUCCACCCACUCUGCUCCUCACUAGGCUGCUUGGUCCAGUUCUGGUGGUUUCUUCUGUCACGAUCGUCUAAGGAGGAGGACCAAUGCGCAGCGUUUAAGAUGAACAUAUUUAUUUCGAGAAUGAUCACACGAUCAAAACAACAGACGAAAACGUGAUGUCUACGGUUGAACACAAACCAAAUAAGAACAAGAAACCACAAACACAAAGGGAAAGAUAGACAGUUUAAAUAUGGCUCCCAAUCAGAGACAACCAGCUGACACUCGUUGCCUCUGAUUGGGAGUCACUCAGGCCAACAUAGAAAUACAAACUAGAACAUAAACAAAUGAACACUCACACCCUGGCUCAACAUACUAGAGUCCCCAGAGCCAGGGCGUGACAGUGGGCCUAUGCCCUCCCAGGCCCACCCAUGGCUGCUCCCCUGCCCAGUCAUGUGAAAUCCAUAGAUUAGGGCCUAAAUAAUUUAUUUAAAUGGACUGUUUUCGUUAUAUGAACUGUAACUCAGUAAAAUUGUUGAAAUUGUGUGUUUAUAUUUUUUUGUGUAUUAGACCCAAACAAAAACAGAGUCUCUCUCCCUCCCUCUCUCUCUCCCUCUUUCCAUCUCUCAGUGGAGGAGGACCCCGAGGGGAGUUCUAGGUCGGGCCGAGACUCCAUGUCCACAUCCACAGACCUGACCCUGCCACCCGGCAACGCCGUAACCAUGGAGAGACAGGUGAAUGGCAACGGCACCGCCACCAAAGACGAUCAAAAGAGGGAGAAGAGCGUGAGGGACAAGAAGAAGCCUGAGAGAGAUAAAGAAAAGGAGAAAGAAAAAGAGAAAAACAAAGCCAAGAAAGGGUUGCUGCUGAAGGGCCUGGGAGAUAUGUUCAGGUAA